AUGGCCCUCAUCAACCCCAUGUACGCCAUCAUCGUCCCCUUCCUCUUCUUGUUCACCGUCCCGCUUGCCAUAUUCGCUGGGAUUACGACGACGCUCGCCUUCACCGUGCUUAUCUUCCGAGUCAUUCUCGUCUACUUCGAUCUUGCGCUAUCUCUACUACCAUCGUACAUCACUGGACGCCCUCGGUACCUGUCCUACGCGUCGAAGACUCCGUCACCCGCCAGUUCUUCUCCCUCAUUAACGCCAACCCGACGCUCGGCUUCACGUCGUACCCGCCGGCCGUCCUCGGCAUCGGCGCACUCCGUCGGCACGAUAACGCCCAUCUCGGAGUCCGGCGGGAUCGGUCUCUUCCCCUCAGUUGGUAUUGACCGGGACUACGAGGGUCUCGGUGGAUGGCGUCUAGGAAAUGGCAAUGACGAUGAAUUGUGGACGACAAUCAACUCGCGUCUUGAGCUUCCUGACCUGGCGGACCCACAACGCCCGGCGGUGGCGACGGCUAUCUCAUGA